UUCACUAAGCGUAUGCACAAAUUAUUGUCAGUCGGUCAGAUAACGCAACGCGCUCAUUAUAAACGGUUAAAAACGCUGAAGACGUCCAUUCCGGUGAAUUGUUGUAAACGUUAAGCAAAAUGGAAACUGAGGAGAAGAAGGAUAUGCAAAAGCAGGCUUCAUUGAGCAGCAUUCCAGCUGAUGUGCAGUGGAAACGUGCCGCGCUCAUGGCGAAAACCGCAGCAGCUUCGAGAGAAAAUAUCGAUAAUGACAGCGACGCAGAGGAUGUGGAUACAAAGCAGGCGAUUAAAUAUGGCAACAAAUGUCAGGCGACUUGCGGUAUUCUGAAAGAAUAUUGUGAUUAUAGUACGAUCCAUGGUUUUCGUUAUUUGGGUGAAACGAAACGACCACGUUGGGAAAGACUUUUCUGGAUAUUCGUGCUGAUAUUCUCAAUUUAUACUUGCGCCACGCUCAUCAUGAAUAUUUGGGAUAAGUGGAACAAUAACCCUGUCAUUGUGUCUUUUGCCGAGAAGUCUACACCCGUCUGGCAGAUACCCUUUCCAACUGUAACUGUAUGCACUGAAACAAAAGGGAGACAAACGGUACUAAAUUUCACCGAAAUGUAUUGGAAAAUAUCGGACAGAUUUAACAAUGUUUCACAGAUUGAUCUAACGCAAGAGGAGAGCACACGCAUGGAGGCGCUGGCUCAAGUGUGUGACGCUCAUUUACUCACCGACUUCAACUUUGGCCACAAGCAGGCAUCGGGCUCUGAGAUCGUAAGUUCACUGAGCGCCAUAACGCCCGAGUUCGAUAAGACCUAUUUGAAUUGCAAAUGGCGUAACUCUCCGGAAGAAUGCAAACAAAUAUUUAAGAAAUUUAUCACAGAAGAAGGUGUUUGCUAUAGUUUUAAUUCGCUGAGUCCCAUGGAGAUAUACCGACCGGAAGGCAUGAUUAAAGAGAUGCUUUUCCAAACUGACAAUCGUACGGCCACCGAUUGGAAUGUGGAGGAUGGCUAUAGCGCAAGCGCUGAUCCCGAAACCUAUCCGGAACGUGUGUUGGGUCCUGGUGCACGCGCUGGUCUCUAUAUGGUUUUGAAUGGUUUCGAACAAGAUUUUGAUAAUAUGUGUCGUGGUCCGGUGCAAGGUUUUAAGAUCAUUUUACAUACACCCGGUGAGGUGGCUCAAAUAUCAAAGCAAUACUUUCGCAUACCCUUCGAUCAGGAGGUUCUGAUUUCGAUAAAACCAAAAAUUAUAACCACCUCGGAAGGUUUGCGUCACUAUGAGCCACAUAGACGCCAGUGCUAUUUCCAAAAGGAACGUCAUUUGCGCUACUUCCAAAUUUAUACGCAGAGUAAUUGUGAGCUCGAGUGCUUGUCGAAUUUUACGCAGAGUCAAUGUGGCUGCGUCAAGUUCUCCAUGCCACACACAACGGACACACCAGUUUGUGGCGCCAACAAUAUCAAAUGUAUCAACGAAGCGGAGGAUCAACUCUUACUCAAAGAAUUCAAUCAGGGCGCUGAAACCGCUGGUGAAAAUGUACGUGGACGCACCGAAUGCGAUUGCUUGCCCUCGUGUACCUCCAUCGCCUACGAAGCGGAGAUUUCACAAUCAGAUUUCGAUUAUAAACUGGUAGCAAAUACGUUCAAGCAGGAAGACAUUACCAAUUUCAUAGCAAACAAUAAAAUGUCGCGCGUCUCCAUAUUCUUCAAAGAAGCACAAUUCUUAACCUCAAGACGCUCGGAAUUAUAUGGCACCACCGACUUUCUUGCCAACUGCGGCGGUUUGUUGGGUCUCUUUAUGGGCGUGUCCAUUUUGAGUAUUGUGGAAAUCGCCUAUUUCUGCUCGGUGCGCCUCUGCACGAAUCUACGUAUGCGUCAUGCGCGUCGCAAGGAGCUGGAGCGUGAAGGUGACACAGUAAAGGAAGCCUAAAGGUGUUUUUCUAUUCAAACUAAAAUAAAAUUUAUAAUUGGCUCCGCGAUUUGCUAAAUUUAAAUGUCUGGUUGCUGGUUUAUGUUUUAAUUUUUAAAUAAAAAAAAUGUUUAUCAUAGUUCAAGAAUCUUAAUAGGUGUUAACAGUAAACAAUAAA